CUGUGGAGACAUGCGCUCGUGUCAACGGAUGCAUGACGCCCGAGAUAUUCGCAUUCAGUUGUGUCCGCGUAGUCACACCUACACAUCAAUCACACAACAGCUAGCUGACACACAAUGGUCGUUGCACACGAGCAGCCUGUCAGCCCUCUUGGACCCGCUCCUCGCCAUCCCCUCAAAAGCAGACGAGCUUCACAUCUGCCAUGAGCAGAUGCGCAGAGAGGAACCCAAGAGAAACCGACACUGCCACUCGCGAGUGAAUCAUAGUGAUAACCGGCUGAGCACGGCCCAACUCGCACAGGAUGCACGACCCAGUGGGAUACACGAUAGACAAUCCCAUGCAGCCGUGAGAGCCCCCUGUGCUCUGAACGUCGAGCUCCUCGACCAUCUGCGACCUCUGCAGCCAUGUUGGAUGGCUCCAGAGGUACAAGAUGACCGAGGAAGACGAAGUUUCAAAGCACCAGGCGGCUGCCAUCGGCAUGUCACACUCACAGUCAACGAAAAAGACCCUUCAUUCCCCAUUGAUUGUCUCACUCUCAGUCAGUCAUGAAAUGCAGCGCACCACAAACAAAUAAGAUGGGACAUCUCUCUCUCCGUCUGUCUGUCUGAAAACAUCACAGUCACAGUCACGCCCUCACGGCUGCUGCUGCUGUGGCUGCUGCUGACCACCGGGGAAUGGCUGCUGGUGCAUCAUGGGCAUCGCCAUAUGUGGGGCGAACGGCAUCCCCAUCCCCAUGCCCAUGGCCGUCGGAUCAAAACCCAUGAAGCCCAUCCCACCGACACCACCCCACUGCGGCUGACUUGGUGGCGGUGGGGCCGGCUCAGCGGGGAGUGGGGGAGGGGGCGGGGCGCUGUCGUCGCUCGGGGGAGGGGGCGCCUCGCUCUCAGAGGGCAAUGGGGGCGCAUCGGAUGACCCGGGGGAUGGGGCAGGGGCCGUUGCGUCCUGCAUGGUGACGUCUGCAGAACCAGCAGCAGCAGGGGUGGGGGCGGGGGAGGCUUGUGGGACGGCUGGUUGUGGUUGUGGCUGUGGCGGGACGGCCAUCGAUGGUGCCAUUGGGAAGGGCAUGAAUGGCGGGAAGCCGAAGGGCGGGAAGGGCAUGCCCAUGCCCGGCAUCCCUGGCGCAGGCAGCAUUCCCGGACCGAUCGGAGGAACGGGGAAACCUGCAACAACCACACACAUAAGGCACACACGAUUCACAUGAAGAGACAUCCCUCCCUCCCUCCCACUCGCCCUUGUUUGCUCUGUUUCUCACCUGGUCGAGGGACCAUAUUGGCCAGCCCAGCCAUGCCCAUCCUCGGACGCAGCUGCUCCGCCCCCGGCGUGGCCGCAGCUUUCGUCGCCUCGGCCAUCUUGGCAUCUUCCGACGCCCGUGCGGGCGGUGGCGGGUCGAGGUCAUCCAGCAAGGGCUUGCCCGAUAUCUCCGACAUCAUCUUGCGAUACUCCUGGUCCAUCUUCCAUUUUUCAUAGGGAUUGCUGGCGGCCCCUGGGGGCGGGGGCGGCUGGGUGAGGCCCGGGACGACGGCGCCCAUUCCUGGGACAGUGGGGAGGGUGGCGCUUGCAGGGUUGGCCUCUGCGGCUGCGCGGGCGUCGGAGACGUCGACGCCGUCCUCCUCUGCGGCCUUCAUCAUGUCGACGAGCGAGGCGCCUGGGGUGUAGUACUUGCAGUCCAUCGUCACGUGACCGAGGUCGCCACAGAUGGUGCACCGCUGAAUGAACACACAGGACAGGACAGCCACAUGGAAGGUGGUGAGAUGGGGGGCACCAGGGAUUGCGCCUGUGUGUCGUUAUCUCACCACUUCAGGCUUCUUGAAAGUCUGCAUCUGCUGUGCCUCGGGACACUCAAAUGCUGCACAACCAACACACACACACAAACACACAUGAGAAACAUUCCCCUCCCCCCCUGUGUGUGUGCGUGUGUGUGGUUACCGAGGUGCCCGAUGGCCUGGCAGACGGAGCAGCGGACCUCGUUGGUGGCGAGGCCGAAGUUGAGCCCGUUCACGAGUGCCAGCUGCUCCAUGCCCUUCUUCUUGAACUCCUCGUGCAGCUGGUGGGACGGAUCCAGCAACGGCUCGAUCAACGACACUGCCUUCUACACACGACAAACACACAAAGAGAGACAGGGAGAGGGUGGGCAUGCUGGUGUGUCUGUCUGUGUUUUGCGUGUUCGGUGUCUGUCUGCUGCACACGUCACGUACGUCGAGUUUCUCUUCGGUGUCGGCUGCGAUGUGGACGUGCAUGGGCAUCUGGGCCUCCUCGUCGGUCUGGUAGUCCUGGCGCUUGCCCUCUUUCUGCACACACACAACACAACACACCGCACGGUCACACACGCUCUGUAUGUCUGUCUGUGUGGGUCUGGCUGACGUCGCGUAUCAUUGACAGGUACCUGUGUGCCCUUGCCGCGGAUUGAAAUGUUGGCGCCGCUCUCGGCCUCGAGCCGCUUGUGGUUGCACCCCCGCGGGCCGAUGAUCAGACCCAUGAAGUUGUACUCGGGAAACUGACACACACAUGCACACAUACAAAGAAACACACACAGACAGACCAGAUGCACCCAUGGAUGUGGCAGUGGGUGUCUCUCGAUUAUCUCUCUCACACACACGGAUGCGCACAUACCUUGUCGUGAGGUAUCAUGAUCUUCUUGACCUUCUUCUGCGGCUUGAAGUCAAUCGGCGCCGCGAACCCCUCCACGUUCUUGAUCAUAAACUCAACCAAACGAUUGUGCUCGUUGCUCAUCGACUGCUUCACCCUGUUGGCCAGACCAUCCACAGAGACACAGCGCCACACACAACGAGACACACAUGAGACACCACACGCGACACGCGACACUCCCCAGCGGCUCACCUGACGUCACGUGUGUUGGUCCUGGUGCCCUUGGCGUCGUAAGUGGGCGGCGGGGAGGGCGGUCUGAUGUCGGGAUCGCCCCACUCGAUCUCCCCGCGCUUGAGCUUCUCGCCCAGCUCCUCCAGCCGCUGCUCGCGGAGGAACUGGUCGACCUGCAUGGGCGUGAGUCCAGGCGGGAUGUCGAGGAAAGGCGGCGGCUUGAAGGGGACGUCCUCAGGGUCACCCCAGCGGCCCUUGCCCCUGCUGUCGCGCUUCCUCUCCCAGCGGGUGCGCCGUCCCUCCUCUGUCGUCUUCUUGGGGAGGGCGGCAUCCAGCGAUACCAACGCCAUCAGCUGAUCCAUCGACAUGCUGCCUGUAGUGUAGAUGUGCGAUAAGCCGCCUUGGCUUGCUCAGUUGAUGUCACAGGGGUUUGGAGGCCUUUUUUCG